UUCCUUAGGGACCAUACCCUCGCUGAAUUGAACAGUGUCAACUAUCAUACCCGCUUUGGAGUCGUCGGCGGGGCCUACAACCUCGGCGGUCCUCAGCAGGGGUAUCAGAUCCUCGUUACGAGUGCUUUGCCUAAUGUUACUGUGGAACAGUCUGGGGUUCACGGUGGCACGGUUCAGCAGGUCCAAUUCUGA